AAAGCCAAUAUGCUAUAACCCUAUCUCUUCUUUCCUUCUCUCCCUUCGCUUUUCUCCAACUCCCAGCAAUGGCCGAGGAGACCCAGAGCAAGGCAUCCGAGGCGGCCCAGGUCGUCGUCGCCGAGGCGGUGGCGGCGGCGGAAGAGGAGGUGGUGAAGGAACCGGCGCCUGCGACGGCCCCCGAGGCAGAGGAAGACCCCAAUAAGACGGCUUUGCCUGCCGAGACGGCGGCUGAGGACGAGAAGAAGCCUGCUGCAGAGGAGGCUCCGGCCUCCAACGACGCCGUCCAAUCCGUCUCCUCCAAGGAGGAGAGCAACCACGUCGCCAACGUCGAUGACCCCGAGAAGAGGGCCCUUGACGAGCUCAAGCAGCUCGUCCAAGCGGCCCUCGCCAACCACGAGUUUUCCCCUCCACCGCCGCCCCCGCCAGCGGUGGAGCCGCCAGCGAAGUCUGAGGAGGAGUCCAAGCCGGAAGAACCUUCUGUUCCGGCGCAGGCUGAAGAGGAACCAACCCCACUGGCCGACGUUCCUCCGCCGACGGCGGAGGAGAAGGCCGUCGUGGUGGAGGAUGACGGCGCCAAGACAGUAGAAGCCAUUGAAGAGACCGUCGUCCCUGUCACCGCCCCGCCAGCCUCCGAGGAGGCGCCUCCAGCGGCGCCGGAGGAGGAGAAGACCCCUGCUCCUCCGGCAUCCGCUGCGGCGGCGUCGCCGCCGGCGAAGGAGGUGCUCAUCUGGGGAAUCCCGCUCCUCGGCGACGAGAGAAGCGACACCAUCCUCCUCAAAUUCCUCCAAGCCCGGGAUUUCAAGGUGAAAGAAGCCAUGGCAAUGCUGAAGAACGCUGUGAUUUGGAGGAAGGAGUUCGGGAUCGAGGCCCUCCUCGAGGAGGACCUCGGCAUCCCGGAGAUGGAGAAGGUGGUGUUCAUGCACGGCGCCGACAAAGAGGGACACCCGGUAUGCUACAACGUCUACGGGGAGUUCCAGAACAAGGAGCUAUACGCCAUGGCCUUCGCCGACGAGGAGAAGAGGCAGAGGUUCCUCCGGUGGAGGAUCCAGUACCUCGAGAAAGGCAUCCGCCAACUGCUCGACUUCAGUCCUGGUGGAGUCUCCACCAUGGUUCAGGUCACUGAUCUCAAGAACUCAAUCGGUCCAAUGAAGCGCGAGCUUCGCCAAGCCCUCACCCUGCUCCAAGAUAAUUACCCUGAGUUUGCUGCCAAGCAGAUAUUCAUCAAUGUUCCAUGGUGGUAUUUGGCUUUCAAUCGGAUGAUCAGCCCGUUCUUCACCCAAAGGAGCAAGAGCAAGUUUGUUUUUGCUGGGCCAUCCAAAACAGCUGAGACCCUUUUCAAAUACAUCGCUCCUGAGCAAGUCCCAGUUCAGUAUGGAGGUCUGAGCAAGGAGAAAGACCCCGAUUUCACCUCUGCCGAUGCAGUUGCUGAGAUCACCAUUAAGCCCUCGGCAAAGCAAGUCAUAGAGAUACCAGUUACUGAGAAAUGCCUUCUUGUUUGGGAGCUCCGAGUCCUGGGAUGGGAUGUGAUCUAUGGCGCGGAGUUUGUGCCGAGUUCGGAGGAUGGAUACACUAUAAUUGUGCAGAAGGCUAGGAAAUUGGUUGCCACUGAUGAACCUGUGGAGAAGAACAGCUUCAAGAUCGGCGAGGCAGGCAAGGUGGUUCUUACAGUGGAUAACACCUCUUCUAAAAAGAAGAAGCUCCUCUACAGAUACAAGAUUAAGUGCUAUACUGAAUCCAUUUGAGGAGCUGCCUGAGGAAGGGAUAUGAGAAUUAGAAAGUGAUUUCUGAACAAUGGCAUUUUCCAGUGGAUAAAUGCAGACUUGAAAUGGUGUUAUGUGGGAAGAUGGUUAUUUCCCCAGUGUUUUUGCAUCUUGUUUUCAUUUUUGAGUUUAUUUUGUUUAAUGUAAGUGCAUUGGUGGUGUUAAUUUUUGGGGAGACUUGGUGUCAAUUUGAGUUAUUUACUUUGUAAUUUAUCUGUGUACAUUUGCUCUCUCUGGAUUUACUCUUGUUAUAUGAUUGCUUUGCUAGGAACCUUGGCCAUGGAA